AUGGCGGCGGUGCUGCUGGCGCGGGUGUGGGCAGCGCGGGGCGCGCUCCGCAAGGGGCAGCCGAGCCUUUGGUCGGAAGACGGCUCGUCCCUGCUCCCGCCCUGGGCAAGGUCCACCGUAGGCCUGAGUCCAGCCGUGCGCACCAGCGGGGCCGUAGAGCACCCCUUUGUGCACUGGUCGCCCCGCUGCGCGCCUCCUGCACUGCCGCCUGCACACGCCCUGCGCGUCUGGUGCCUGCCCCAGCGAUACGCGGCGGCGGCGGCCGGCGGGCGAGACGGGGAGGUCGAAAAGGCGCGGCGGACAGCGGCAGAGGAGGCAAGCGGGCAGCCCACCAUCUUCAGCAAGAUCAUUGACCGCAGCGUGCCUGCCACCAUCCUCUAUGAAGAUGACAAGUGCCUGGUCUUCCGUGAUGUGGCUCCCCAAGCCCCCAUCCACUUCCUGGUGAUCCCCAAGCGCCCUAUCCCCAGGAUCAGCCGCGUGGGUGCUCAGGACACCGAGCUCCUGGGGCACUUGAUGGUGGUGGCAGCACGUACGGCACAGGCGGAGGGGCUGUCUGAUGGCUACCGCCUUGUGAUCAAUGAUGGGAAGCACGGUGCCCAGUCUGUCUACCACCUGCACCUCCACGUGCUGGGGGGGCGGCAGAUGGGCUGGCCACCAGGCUGAUCCCCCUACACACUAUGGACUGCCAGUCAAUAAAGCAUCUCCUUGGU